UUGUGUUGAAUUUUUAAACAUAUAUAUCGUUUAUUUUACUUUUUACUUAAAAAUGGAGGCAAAAGUUAAAGUUAAUGAUUAUUUCUUAAAUACUUUCAAAUAGGACACAAAUUGUCAUCAGUUUUGGCACAAAUGAUGUGUCAUUUCAUAAUUGACAUCAAAUUCCAAGUACAUUUUGUAAUACUAUAAGAAUGUAUGCAAGUGAAUGAAACAAUUUGAUUUUCAAUUAGUACAAUUUUAAAAAUAAUAUUUCAUUUAUAACAUAACCUAAUACAAUUGAUGAUGAUUGUAUGUACUUUGAUAUAAUUAAGGAUAAUUAUAUUAUGCAUAUAUGUACAUAAAGAAAAUGAAUUUUAUAUUUGAAAAACUUAAAAAUAAUUAAAUGUUAAAUUGGUAUUCUAAAUAUUAAAUUAAUAACUGUCCUGAAUAUGAAAGUACUCCAUUGGUUAAUAUCUGCCCUGUAUUCAUUUAAACAUAUAAAAUAUACCGAUGGUAAAAUGUUAAUAACCUAAAAUAUCAGACAUCAUAAUGAAAUAAAACAUCUUCUAUGUAGUCUCAUGGUACUAUUAAAAUACGUGUUAUACUUUGUAUAUAACUCAAAUGAAAUUAGUGACAUAUAAAAUGUUCAUUCUAUUAAUGGUUAUAAGCACUGAAGUAAUUAUUAAUUAUAUCAUGCAUUAAAAGAGAGUGCUAGCAUAAUGAAAUUAAUAUAAAUAUUUAAGUUACUAUUUGUGCAAUAAUUGCAUAUAAGUAUAUUAUGGAUAUAUCUUAUUAAAUACCUAUAAAUAAUGUGUUCGAUUUAAUCAGUAACAAAGUACUUUAUUCAUUAAUAGUGAAUAACUGUAUGGUGUUAAAAGUAUAUAGUUACAAAUACCAUGGAGCAAUGCGAAGAACAUGAUAUAUAUAAUACAACAAAUGUUACAAAAACAAAUAUUUCACCUAAAUCAAAGCAGAAGAAGAAAUCUCUUUGUCGCAUGCUUUUGAAUAAAAAAACUAAGGUGGGAUGUUUGGAAACAUCUUACAAAGAUAAUGAUUCAAACAAAAAUUCAAAGAUGGAAAAUUCGCAAUAUGGAUCUCACACUAGUACAAAACUUUCAUUAUGUUGUGCAAUGACUGAACGCAGCAGAACACCACCACAAAGUUUGACUGUUAGCAGAUUAUCGCCAACUACAUUAAGUCGCACAUCUGUUAAAUCCGAAGUAGCUUCUGUUAAUGGUAACAGUCAAAUGGAUAUAAUGAUAGAAAAGGAAGAAAUGUAUGUAGCAAGUGGAACACAAGAUAUUCGAGAACAUGUGGCAGAAACUAGUAGCAUCUCUGCAGGGAAAGACCAACGGCAAAGUGUAUUUGUCAAAGAAUCAAAACUGAUGCACUGAGGACUGAGUUACAAAUUUUUUUAAUAAAGUCUAUUUUUGCUGGAUUUGCGCGCUAGGUAUUGCUCUAACGAAAGUCAAUUUCCUACUGAAAAACCAAUGCAGGUAGAUGAACUGGGCAACUGUACCUUUUGUAAUUGAAUGCAUAAACUGUCAGUGUACCCAACUCAAUAGUU